AUGAAGUCCGCCAUCGUCGCAGCUCUAGCCGGCCUAGCCGCUGCCUCACCAACCCGCCUGAUCCCCCGGGGCCAGUUCUGCGGCCAGUGGGAUUCCGAGACGGCGGGAGCCUACACCAUCUACAACAACCUCUGGGGCAAGGACAAUGCCGAGUCCGGGGAGCAGUGCACCACCAACAGCGGCGAGCAGAGCGACGGCAGUAUCGCCUGGUCGGUCGAGUGGUCCUGGACCGGUGGCCAGGGGCAGGUCAAGUCGUAUCCCAACGCUGUUGUUGAGAUUGAGAAGAAGACUCUUGGAGAGGUUUCGAGCAUUCCUUCGGCUUGGGACUGGACCUAUACUGGCGAUGGGAUCAUUGCCAACGUCGCCUACGACCUCUUUACGAGUUCUACAGAGUCAGGAGACGCCGAAUACGAGUUCAUGAUCUGGCUAUCAGCUCUGGGAGGAGCUGGACCGAUCAGCAACGACGGAUCUCCCGUCGCAACCGUCGAGCUCGCCGGCACAUCGUGGAAGCUGUACCAGGGCAAGAACAACCAGAUGACCGUCUUCAGCUUCGUAGCUGAGUCAGACGUCAACAACUUCUGCGGCGACCUGGCAGAUUUCACCGACUACCUCGUCGACAACCACGGCGUCAGCAGCUCCCAGAUUCUGCAGAGCGUGGGUGCCGGUACUGAGCCUUUUGAGGGUACCAACGCUGUCUUUACUACCAACAACUACCACGCCGACGUUGAAUACUAA